AUGGCCUCAGACAUCCGCAUGCCAGGUCCAGUGUGCCUCAUUGAGAACACUAACGGGCGACUAGUGGCUAAUCAGGAAGCUCUGAAGAUCCUGUCUGCCAUUUCACAGCCUGUUGUGGUGGUGGCUAUCGUGGGCCUCUACCGCACAGGCAAGUCCUACCUGAUGAACAAGCUGGCUGGGAAGAAAAAGGGCUUCUCAAUGGGCUCCACAGUGCAGUCUCACACCAAAGGAAUCUGGAUGUGGUGUGUGCCCCAUCCCGAGAAACGAAACCGUGUCUUAGUUCUGCUUGACACUGAGGGCCUGGGAGACGUGGAGAAGGGUGACGACCAGAAUGACUCCUGGAUCUUUGCUCUAGCAAUACUCCUGAGCAGCACCUUCAUAUACAACAGCAUGGGAACCAUCAACCAGCAGGCCAUGGACCAACUGCACUACGUGACAGAGCUGUCAAAUCGAAUCAGGGCAAAAUCCUCAUCUGUUGAUAAUGAGGUUGAGGAUUCAGCUGACUUUGUGAGCUUCUUUCCAGACUUUGUGUGGACGCUGAGAGAUUUCUCCCUAGAGUUGGAAGUAGAUGGACAACCCAUCACAGCAGAUGAGUACCUGGAGAAUUCACUCAAGCUUAAGCAAGGUACCAGUCAAAAAGAUAAAAAUUUUAAUCUGCCCCGACUCUGUAUCCGGAAGUUCUUCCCAAAGAAGAAAUGCUUUGUCUUCGAUCGGCCCACUUACCAGAAGAAGCUAGGCCAGCUUGAGAUGCUGCAUGAUGAUGAGCUAGAGCCCGAAUUUGUGCAACAAGUUGCAGUCUUCUGUUCCUACAUCUUCAGCAACUCCACAACUAAAACUCUUUCAGGAGGCAUCAAGGUCAACGGACCUCGUCUGGAGAACCUGGUGCUGACCUUUGUUGAUGCCAUCAGCCGUGGGGAUCUGCCCUGCAUGGAGAAUGCAGUCUUGACCUUGGCCCAGAUAGAGAACUCGGCCGCAGUGCAAAAGGCCGUGGCCCACUAUGACCAGCAGAUGAGCCAGAAGGUGCAGCUGCCCACAGAAACCCUCCAGGAGCUGCUGGACCUGCACAGGGCCAGUGAGAAAGAGGCCAUCGAAGUCUUCUUCAGGAGUUCCUUCAAAGAUGAAGACCAUUUAUUUCAAAAGGAUUUAGCGGACCAGCUAGAAAAAAAGUGGGAUGACUUUUGUAAACAGAACAUGAAAUUAUCAUCAGAUCGCUGCUCAGCUUUACUUAAGGAUAUUUUCAGUCCUCUAGAAGAAAACGUGAAGCUGGGGAUUUACUCCAAACCAGGAGGGUAUCGUCUCUUCAUCCAGAAGACACAAGAGCUGAAGGAAAAGUACCUUCAGGAACCCAGGAAGGGAAUACAGGCUGAAGAGACUCUUCAGACAUACUUGAAGUCCAAGGAGUCUAUUAGUGAUGCAAUUCGACAGACAGACCAGGCUCUCACAGAAAAGGAAAAGGAGAUUGAAGUGGAACGUGUGAAAGCAGAAGCUGCACAGGCUGCAGCAAAACUGUUGGAGGAAAUGCGAAUAAAGCAUGGGCAGAUGAUGGCACAGAAAGAAAAGAGUCAUCAGGAACAUGUGAAACAAUUGACUGAGCAGAUGGAGAGGACUAGAGCCCAGCUGCUGGAGGAGCAGGAGAGGAUUCUCGCUUUCAAACUUCAGGAAAAACGCCGACUACUAGAGGAAGGAUUCGAAAAGGAACGCAGACAACUUCAAAAUGAGAUACGCAACAUCCAGAAGAGUAUGGAAGAAGCAAGAGGGAGAUGUGUCAUAAGCUAAAGGCCUAAAGAAUAGAGCUUUCCUGGUCACUCUUACCCAAGGCAUAACUCAAGCUGUUUUAGAAUUUGGAAAAAUGUCACUACACUUGAUAAUAAUUAGGUCUUGCAUUUUUAUAACACCAAAAAUUUGCAAAGAUAUGCAGUACUAUAAUUGAAAUCAUGUCCAUCUUCCUAACAAUAUUAUAAAUUGUAUAACAAUGAUUUUACCUCUGUACCAACAUAGGAGAUAUCAUGAGCUGGGACCACUCAGGAGAAGCUUAUUCUUCCAGAUGACAACUAGUAGACAAAUGGAUCAAGAGCAAAGUCUUAGGUAAAAGUCUUGAGACAUAGUUGGGCAUCAG